AUGCCGUGCUUAAAAAUUUUAACCAAUAUUCCGAAGAGUCAAAUACCUCGUGACUUUGUGGAUAAGAUUAUACCACUAUUAGCAAAAGUCUUGAAAAAGCCCGAAAAUAAAUUUACAUGCGUGAUAUCCGGAGACUGCUACAUAUCCUUCGCUGGUGAAUCAAAAUCUCCGGGUGCUACGGCUACAUUGGAGUCAAUUGGGAAUUUGGGACCGAAUGAAAACAGAGUAAUCGCAAAAGAACUAUCCGAUUUUAUGGAAAAAGAAAUAGGUGUAAAUCGUGACAGAUUUUUCCUGACUUUCUACGACCUUUCAUCGUAUAAUGUGGCAAAAUGUGGCGUCACUGUUGAAGGAGCUUCGGAAAGUCAAAAUAACACCAAAGAAAGACGUCCGCUUCAACAAGAUCUUCGACAUAGCGCCAGGAGUGUUUACCCACCUGCACCGUUUGCGCUCCUUGCUACUCAACGACAAUCAGCUCAGGGAGCUGCGUUCCGGCGCCUUAAAUACCUUUACUUAUAUCGUAAUCGUAUCCAGCAUAUCGACUCCGAUGUGUUCCAGGAUAUGAUACACCUCGAACAGCUAUAUUUACACGCCAACGAAAUACACCAAAUCGAGCCUGAAACCUUCUCACACCUGCCACGACUUGAGAGAUUGUAUUUACACAACAAUCACUUGAAGAGAAUCCCGCCUGGCUCAUUCCGAGGCUUGGAGAACCUACGCAAGCUACGUUUAGACAGCAAUGCUCUAAUUUGUGAUUGUUCGAUGCUUUGGUUUGUCCGCAUGCUAUCGUAA